UCCAAUGUGCCCCUUCCAUGCCAAUGGUGUUUCCUUAUAUGAUAAUUGCACUAUUUACAUUCCCGUGCCUUGGGGGUGUCGUGUCCAAUUAUUCGAAUUUGCUGAUAACAAUUACCUUGUGGCGCCUAGCAACGGGCUUGACCACAACGCGGGCACCCACAUGCCAGAGGACAGUUAUACAACAGACAGGACCUGCGAUUCGAUUCGAUUUUAUGCGCCCACCGCCGCUGGUUGUGUCCGGGAGAUGAAAAAGCUGCGUGCCAAGGCUAGCUCCCUGCCCAUCUUCAAUGGCAGGAUAACUGAUGCCACAUCCUUGACCACGACAUCGCUGAAACUGCCUCUGGGAGGCGGAGCGGCCAACAAGAAGCCUCCAUCCACCUGCACCCGAGUGCUGCCGACAGUGUUCACCAUCACGGACGGCACUACUGGGGCGGCCAACACCUCUCUGGCCGAGGCCAUGUCCAGCAGCAAGGCGCCACAGCCACAGCCACACCCACACUCCUACCAGCAGUCGGCCAGACAGGGGGUCAUGCUGCAGCUGGGGGUGCCCAAAGAGACCAUCAGCAUUGCGGGGCCAGAGCUGGCCAACUACGAGAAGGUGCGUGUCGUCGGACAGGGAUCCUUUGGCAUUGCCAUCCUGUACCGCCGCAAGUCCGACGGCCAUCAGAUUGUCUUCAAGCAGAUCAACCUGAGCGAGCUGACGCCGCCGGGCCGGGACUUGGCCAUGAACGAGGUGGACGUGUUCUCGAAGCUCCAUCAUCCGAACAUCGUCAGCUAUCUGGGCAGCUUCAUCAAGGACAACACGCUGCUGAUUGAAAUGGAGUACGCGGACGGGGGCACCCUGGCGCACAUCAUUGCCGAGCGUCAGGGCCAGCAGUACUUCCCGGAGCGCUACAUCAUAGCCGUGUUCGAGCAGGUCUCCAGUGCCAUCAACUACAUGCAUUCGGAGAAUAUCCUGCACAGGUUAGAUAGUACCCAUCGCCACUCGAAGUCCUUUGCUCUCCCAUGUACCGAUUGCAGGGACUUGAAGACCGCCAAUGUCUUCCUGAAUAGACGGGGCGUCGUCAAGAUCGGCGACUUUGGCAUCUCCAAGAUAAUGAACACCAAGAUCCAUGCCCAGACAGUACUGGGCACGCCCUACUACUUCAGCCCCGAGAUGUGCGAGGGCAAGGAGUACGACAACAAGAGCGACAUCUGGGCCCUGGGCUGCAUUCUGGGCGAGAUGUGUUGCCUGAAGAAGACAUUCGCUGCCUCCAAUCUCUCCGAACUGGUCACCAAAAUCAUGGCCGGCAACUAUACGGCCGUUCCCUCCGGCUAUACCUCCGGACUGUGCAGCCUCAUGUCAAACCUGCUCCAAGUGGAGGCUGCCCGACGGCCCACCGCCUCGGAAGUGUUGGUCUACUGGAUACCCCUGAUAUUUCGCAGCCUGGGAAAGAACAAAGGCUACUCCUACGAGGACGGCAUCAGCAGCACUGGCAACCAUCUUACAGCAACUGUUCCUGCCGCUGCCCGCAGCAAUGUGACGAUGGAUCUGGAGCUGCCCACCGCCCAGACGGAGACCAAGCAGCUGAUGAGCGCGGAGACAGCCGCACCACACGAGAUCCUCGAAAAGAGAUCGGUGCUGUAUCAGCUCAAGGCAUUCGGGAACUCCUUCAGCAUGUCGCCCAUCCAGCUGCCCCCGAAGGCACUCAUUGUGGGCAUGGCCAUGAGCGAUUCCCACUUUGUGGUGGUGAACGAGGAUGGAUCGGCGUACGCCUGGGGCGAGGGCACCCACGGCCAGCUGGGUCUGACCUCGCUGGAGGCCUGGAAGCACUACCCCAGCCGCAUGGAGAGCGUGCGCAACUACCAUGUGGUGGGAGCCUGUGCCGGCGACGCCUUCACUAUCCUGGUCACCCAGGCCGGCAGUCUCCUCAGCUGCGGCAGCAACACGAACCUGUCGCUCGGCCAGGACGAGCAGCGCCACUACCACAGUCCCAAGCUGAUUGACAGGCUAUCGGACGUGCGCAUCGAGCAGGUGGCAGCGGGUCUGCACCAUGUCCUGGCCCUGAGUCGCGAGGGCGCCGUCUAUGUGUGGGGCACCAGUGUGAGCGGCGCCCUCGGCUUGGGAAACUAUCAGCAGCAGCAGAAGUUUCCCCAGAAAAUCCUGCUCUCCCAUGUGAAGACCAAACCCACGAAGAUAUUCUGCGGGCCAGACACCUCGGCCGUGCUCUUUGCGAAUGGAGAGCUGCAUGCUUGUGGCAGCAAUGAUUACUACAAGCUCGGGUUCCACCGCCCCGGCAAGAUUACGGCUUUCAAAAAAGUCCAACUGCCAGGCAAAGUGCUGAAGGCCAGCUUCUCGUCCACCCACUCGGUGUUCCUGCUGGAGGGCGGCUAUGUCUACACCAUGGGUCGCAACGCGGAGGGUCAGCGUGGCAUCCGUCACUGCAAUUCAGUGGAUCAGCCCACCCUGGUAGAGGCAAUACGCGCUCGAUACAUUGUGAGGGCCAACUGCAGCGACCAGUGCACGAUUGUGGCCUCGGAGGACAACAUCAUCACCGUCUGGGGCACUCGCAACGGCUUGCCCGACAUCGGGUCCAGCAGCAGCGGCCUGGGCCUGGAGGUGUGCACCCCCAAUACCGACAUGGACCUGGGCAACAAUACGGAGGCGUUUACCAACUUUCUGGCUUCGGUCUACAAGUCCGAAUUGAUACUGGAACCGGUGGAUAUAUUGGCACUCUAUUCCUCCAAGGAGCAGUGCGACCGUGGCUAUUAUGUCCAGGUGCAUGACGUCUAUCCUUUGGCGCACAGUGUGCUCGUUCUGGUGGACACCACCACCCCGCUUAUAUCGUCGUACGAGGGCGACUGUCCGUGAAAUGUAUCUAUUUAAUGCUGGUCC